AUGGAUAUUGACGAUACGAUUGCUCCCGAAGAAAUUCAUUCUUCAGUUGAUGAAGCUCGUAAGGCUGAAGAAAAGGCACGAGAAGAACGUCUUAAAGAAGAAAAAAAAAAUAAACAACAUGCUCAAGAAGAAGCUAAAAUUGUAGAACAAGCCGUAAAUGAAAAGAAAAAUCAAGUGCUUACACAAAGAUAA